AAGCCUGAAGGACAAAUCCAGACACGAAAGUAUGAACGAGACGAAGCUUCUCCGAAAUCAGAAUCCCUCAAUUAGCCGUGCAUAUGUUAUUAAUUGACGACUUUUUUUCCUUUCCCUUUCUGUAAUUAUUUAAUUAAGAUUUAUUGUCCUCCGAAUUCCAAUCCCAGACUUAAAUUUCAUCUAGCUAUGGUGAGUUACUUCUCCAACUGCUACAGCCAUUUAUUUCAACAAUUGCAGGAUGCUCGAAGAUGGCUGCUCAACGGCUUCAGCCACGAGGUUUCAGAAGGUGAUGGUAAUGCUGUUCGCUCAAAACCCAAUACAGACCAAUACAAUUUCCAUCAAGAGAUGUCCUAUUACCCCAGAAACUUGAUUAUUGUGCUCACGAUCUUCUUCAUCUCCUCAACAAGAGCAGAAAAGUCGAGCAACUCUGGUCGCCGUUGUGGAAAUUAUUCCGUGCAGUAUCCUUUCGGUUUCACGGAGAAGUGCGACUGCAAGAUCAGAUUGAACUGCAAUGGGACGCGCAUGGAAAUUGGGGGCAUGCAGGUGGAGAAAGUAACCUCUAGCAGCAUCUUCGUCAAUCUUCCUGCAAGAUGCAACCGAAGUAUGAAAUCUAUCCUCCCCCUUUUCAGUCCCCACUUCGCUCCCACACGGAACAAUAGCCUUCUGGUACAAAAUUGUUCUUCUCAGCAGGACAGAUGCUUUAUACCCACCGCCAGUCUCAUGGGCAGUCAAUUCAAUUUGAAGACUUGCCAUCGUGGUAACAUCAGUUGCUUUUUGCAAACAAGGGAUGAUACAGAUGUUCUGACAACAGCAGAAUUGAAUAAAACUACGUGCAAGUUCUUGUUCUCUGGGAUUGCUAUUGAGCAAGGCAAAGACCCAACGAUUGCGCUCCGUCUUCAGAUGCUUGAAUUGGGGUGGUGGCUUGAAGGCCCACCCCGAUGCUCUGACAAUGCCAUCCCUACCAAAGUUCAUCUCGGCGGCAGGAAGACCGGGUACCGAUGCCAGUGUCAUGAAGGUUACGCCGGAGAUGGCUUCAAGAACGGCACUGGUUGCCGGAAAGAUUCUCAGUGCAGCGCCUCAACUCUAAUGUCUGGUGGAUGUGGAAAAGCAAUUAAAAUCGGUGUUCUUGUCGGAGGGAUCAUUGCUGUAGCUGUCUUCCUGACUGGUUUGUGUCUUCGAUGUUACUUUGCUCGGCGCCAUUAUGCGUGUUUGACAAAACAAAUGACAGUAAAGCGCCUAUUACGUGAAGCUGCAGGCAACUCUACUGUUCCUUUUUACCCGUACAAAGAAAUAGAAAAAGCCACUAACUUUUUCUCUGAGGAACAGAGGUUGGGAACUGGGGCUUUUGGUACAGUAUAUGCUGGAAAACUACACGAUAAUGAAUGUGUUGCUAUAAAAAAAAUCAAGUAUAAAGACACCAACAGUGUUGACCGAGUUAUGAACGAGAUCAAGCUUCUUUCGUCUGUGAGUCACCCUAAUUUAGUUCGCCUCUUGGGCUGCUGCAUAGAGGGUGGUGAGCAGAUACUUGUUUACGAGUUUAUGCCCAAUGGAACACUAUCCCAGCAUUUGCAAAGAAUGAGGGGAACUGGACUUACAUGGACAACACGACUCACCAUUGCUACUGAAACAGCUAAUGCUAUUGCUUAUCUUCAUUCUGCCAUUGAUCCCCCAAUUUAUCACAGGGACAUAAAAUCCAGCAAUAUACUCUUGGAUUACGACUUCAAAUCAAAAGUAGCAGAUUUUGGGCUUUCUAGGCUUGGCAUGACAGAAACAUCACAUAUCUCAACUGCUCCACAAGGGACUCCAGGCUAUGUCGACCCUCAAUACCACCAAAACUUCCAUCUUUCUGAUAAAAGUGAUGUUUAUAGUUUUGGAGUGGUUUUGGUAGAGAUAAUAACCGCCUUGAAAGUGGUUGAUUUUGCACGACCUCAUAGUGAGGUUAAUUUGGCUGCACUCGCUGUUGAUAGAAUAAGAAGAGGUUCUGUGGAUGAGAUUAUAGAUCCUUUUCUGGAGCCUCACAGGGAUGCUUGGACACUCUACUCUGUUCACAAGGUUGCUGAGCUCGCAUUUAGAUGCCUUGCUUAUCACAGCGACAUGAGGCCUACCAUGAUGGAGGUAGCAGAGGAGCUAGAACACAUCAAACGCAGUGGACGGGCAUCAAUGGAAGAAACACUAUGCACGGCUUUGUCCAUUGGUUCCUCAUGUUCAUCACCUCGCAUUGGAAGUGAGAAGUCAAUGGAUCGUAUUACUCUUAAAAAAGCUGAACGAGGGAGCAAGAGAUCAAUUAGUCAACAGAAGAUGGAUAAAAUUCAGCAUUCUACGGAAGCAGUGAAGGAUAGCUCUCCUGUAUCAGUGCAUGAUCCUUGGUCAAGCGGACAAAGCUCACCCUCAGCAAACAGCUUGCUGGGAAACGUAGUUCAGUGAUAAGCAGAAGCUCAUUUUUGUGGAAAGCCUCCAGCAAUGUGAAUACUAAGCGCAUAUUCCUUUUCUCGUUACAUAUAUAGUUACAAUAUGGCUAUCUUUGAAGAUGACUAGUUUAGUAAUC